GGGGGCUCACAUGUGGUCCCACAUUGUUGGCUAUAAAAAGGAGAGUCCCUCUCCAGCUUAUCAGCCAGUCAGCUUAGUGCAGAUAUUCCAAUAAACAAUUUAUGUGCAUUCAAUUCCAAAAAAAAGCAGUAAAUACUUGAGUUUAAACGUUUAAGAUGUUCUGCUGAAUCUUUGCUUUCUGCUACUGGUCUGGUUCACUGGUCCAACUGGUAACUUGAGCAGGUGGUUGGUGGCGCGGAUGUCAAGUCUCACUUCUGACGUGAUGACGGUGGAUGUACAGAGCAGAAGCGGAGCAGCAGGUGAUGAAAAGAGGAUAAAUAACCUGAAGAGAAAGAGAGAGGCCUCUGCUGUGGAAGGCAUGUCAGCUAUUUGUGGACGAGGGCCGGACGGGUUGUCCCUGCAUGAAGACGCAGCGAGGGGAGUGGGACGCACUGACAAGGUCUCUGGCCGAGCUCCAGUGAAUGUGACGCAUCUGCGUUCCGUCACGCUCGCUAGUGCAAACUGUAAAGCUGUGGACGAGAUAGUGUUGAGGCGUCGGUGUGCAAGGGACAUUCUGAUUUAGCUACUUGAAGUAAAAGGUAAUAUUUAGUGUUUUUCAUAUUUUCAGACUGGAACCAUUAAAAGCAGUGAUUUGAUUUGACUCUGUGAUCUUUAGUCUGAAGCUGGGAAGCUCGUUCCUCUUCGUCCUGGAGUCUUCAUCGUUGUCCAGAGAACCUUGUCGGCUCUGAGAGGAACGUUCCUUCAUGACCGUGAAGUUAUUUCCAGCUAAUCCCAUGAACACAGGAACUAAAGGCUGGAAAUAGGUCGUUAAAAAUAUAGUGACAAUGAAAAGUAUGUGAGCUCUGAGGAGUCACCUGGUUCUGCUGCUCAAAGACUUUCCUUCUGCUGCUCAGGAGACAAAAGUGUGGUUCUCCAGAAACCAUCUCGAGUCCAGACAUCUUCCUGAGUUUUCCUUUCACAGGAGAUUUUCCAGGUCCAACUCGCUCACAACAAAAGGAACCGGUUGGGAACGUUCAGGUGUUUUCUCUCAUGGACUCACUCAGACAUUUUACCUCAGGGCUGCAGGAGAAGUUCUGGAAAACAUCUGAAGCAACUGACUCGAACAUUUAUAUUCUCAGAUAAACAGCCGCUCUGGAAAACGUCAGGGAAACACCCAAAGUUCAGUUCAGGUCUGAAAGCAGCCUUUACAUGUGAGUGGCUCUUUUUACUGCUUUGGAAAAUCAAAUAUACAGGAUAUGUGUGUCCGGUAAUUUUCAAGAUUAAUAACUUUAAUUUGAUUCUAAAAUAAGAUAACAUUAAGAACAUUGUACAGUAAAAUCUUAGAUUAAAAGUAGGUUGUCUCAGGGAAAACAAUACAGAUAAAGGAAAUAAAGUAAAUUAUUGAAUAGAUUGAAUAGAAGAAAGAGAAGAAAGAGAAGAAAGAGAGAUAAAUAAAUGAAAUUCAAUUUGGUUAAAGUUAAACCUGAACUUUUCAGGUGCAGAAACAACAAGUGUCCUGCUAAUAAGUAAUAAGUUAUAGUAAUAAGCUUUAAACAAAUAUUUGCUCUGUGUUUUUAAGUGUUAGAAGCCAACAAACAUUUCUUUCCUUAUACAUUUGACUUUUCCAUUCUUUUUUCUGGGCUUUUUAAUUAAAUUAAAAAAGCUCUAAAAACCUAAUAUCCCCACAGAGAUCAUCAAGGUUUCAUGUUUUCUUCUCACCCUUGUGGCCGCUGCUCCUCUAAAUGUGGGCUCGUAACUCAAGCUUCUCCAAAGACCAGGGGAAGCCCUGGACAUAGAGACCAAUGGGUUUGGGCCGGAGGGGUCGGUCACUAUGUUUAGCUCUGAAAACAGAGAUGAUGGAAUCAGGGGCUGGACCGGGGAACCUUCACCCCCUGUGGAUGAAGGUCCGUGCAGGACGGAGGGUUUGAAUACCAGGCGGAGCUCAGAGGACGAGCUGUGAAGUUCCUCUGAGGCCCAACGUGACGGAUCAGCCUUGUGAUUGUAUUUUAGAUCUUUCCACCUUUGCAGAGUGCGACCGAGCUUCAGAGAAGAAGAGGAGGACGACGCUGAAGAGUUUGUGAAUUCUUCAAUCGGCUGCUGCACCCGGACAGAGCAACAGGUCCCUGUGAUCCGGUGUCCUCCGUGUCCAGUCCUCAGCAGACGUCCAGGGUCUGGAGACGUGGGAGCAAAGAGAGGAGACGCAGCCCAGCGUGGAGAUCUGCACCAUGGGAAUCAAAGACGACGACUGUGGCUACAAGAGAGAAGGUGACGAACCCAAAUCUGACCUCCUGCAAACUGAAGGAAAGAGCGGAAGCUUCAAAAGCCUCCACGUCAUCUCGGGAACAGAAACCUCGCCGGACGACCCCUCGCUCCGCCUGGAAUCUGCUCCUCUCGGUGACAGCGCUGUCAGUGCGGGCGGUGAUGGAGUGAAGAAGAGUCAGGAGGUGCCGAGCUGUGAGGAGGACGAAGAGGAGGGACACCUGGUCUAUCACGUCGGCUUCGUGAUGAACGGAAGAUAUGAGGUGGUUUCUACGCUGGGAGCUGGAGCCUUUGGAAAAGUGGUCGAGUGCAUCGAUAGAGAAAAAGACGAGCACGUGGCUGUGAAGAUCGUGAAGAGCAUCGAGUGUUACCGUGAAGUCGCCCGGUCGGAGAUCGCAGUCCUGGAGGAGAUCAACAGUCUGGAUGACGAACACAGAUUUGCCUGCGUGCGGAUGCUGAACUGGUUCGAGCACGAAGGUCACAUCUGCAUCGUGCUGGAGCUGCUCGGCCUCAGCACCUUCGAGUUCCUGCGACAGAACCACUUCCUGCCAUUCAGCGUGGAGCAGAUCCGCCACAUGGCCUUCCAGAUCUUCAGAGCCGUGUGCUUUCUGCACCGUAACAAACUGACCCACACGGACCUGAAGCCAGAGAACAUCCUGUUAGUUUCCUCCGACUGCGAGUUCAACGACGAGGAGGAGAGGAAACUGAGGAGUCUGGAUGUGAAGGUGGUGGAUUUCGGCACCGCCACAUUUGACCAUGAACACCACGAAUCCCUGGUGUCGACACGGCACUACCGAGCUCCAGAGGUCAUACUGGAUCUGGGCUGGAACCAUUCGUGUGAUGUUUGGAGUCUGGGCUGUGUCCUCAUGGAGUUUUACCUGGGACGCACACUCUUUCAGACCCACGACAGUAAAGAACAUUUGGCCAUGAUGGAGAAAGUCCUGGGACCGAUUCCCCCACAACUGCUGAAACAGACCAAAAAGCAGCAUUACAUUCACAACGAGCAGCUGAACUGGGACGAGAGAAGCUCCUCUGACGAUCACAUCUGGAAACACUGCAAACCACUGGAGCAGUUCAUGGAGAGGAAGAGCGAGGAGGAGCGGCAGCUGUUCGACCUGCUGGGCUGCAUGUUGGAGUACGACGUCUACCGGCGCAUCACCCUGGAGGAGGCGCUGUGGCAUCCGUUCUUCAGCCCCAUGAGGACAGAGGGGCCCCAGCGCAGUUAGCACACACACACACACACACACAUACACACACACAAACACACACUCGGGAUCAACCUCGGACUGUUAUUUAAUGUGAUCACACUGUGUUUGGGUUUAUUUUUCUGGAUCGUUGACGUGGAGGAUUUGAUUAUUUUGUGUUGUGGAGACCAUUCCAGUUUAUUAGACAGAUACACAUUCACAGUCUGCGUGUCAUUGUGAAGAAAUCAGAGUGAUUCCAUGUUUCCCUUCAUCGAUUCUCAGUCUCCUGUGUCUGCAGGUUGUUAAUAAAUAUUUUUGCCUUUUGA